CCGAUUCUACAGACAUCAUGAGAUUUAACCCAGAGACUGACUUUACCAUAGAAACACCCGUAGUUCUAUCAAUGGUUGGGGCAAGAUAGAGGUAACAGGCAAAGGAAAAACAGCUCCAACAUCCUAAGGACAAUGAGUAUGCUGAAACCAAGUGGGCUUAAGGCCCCUACCAAGAUCCUUAAACCUGGAAACACAUCCUUGAAGACACCUGCUACUGUUGUAGCUCCAGUGGAAAGAACAACAUCCAGUGAAAAAGCAUCAAGCGCACCAUCCUCUGAGGCACAAGAGGAAUUUGUGGAUGACUUUCGAGUCGGGGAGAGAGUUUGGGUGAAUGGGAAUAAGCCUGGAUUCAUCCAGUUUCUGGGAGAAACCCAGUUUGCACCAGGCCAGUGGGCCGGGAUUGUGUUAGACGAACCCAUAGGCAAGAAUGACGGGUCAGUGGCAGGAGUUCGGUACUUUCAGUGUGAGCCUCUAAAGGGCAUAUUCACCCGCCCAUCGAAGUUGACAAGGAAGGUGCAGGCAGAAGAUGAAGCUAACGGCCUGCAGACGACUCCUGCUUCCAGAGCGACUUCGCCUCUGUCCACCUCAGCGGCUGGCAUGGUAGCCUCGUCCGCAGCAGCCCCUUCAAACAUCCCCCAUAAAUCUUCCCAGCCAACAGCAAAGGAACCUUCAGCUACGUCUCAGAUCAGCAACCUCACAAAAACUGCCAGUGAAUCUAUCUCCAACCUCUCAGAGGCCAGUUCAGUCAAGAAAGGAGAAAGAGAACUCAAAAUUGGAGACAGAGUAUUGGUUGGUGGCACCAAGGCUGGCGUAGUCCGGUUUCUUGGGGAGACUGACUUUGCCAAGGGGGAGUGGUGCGGUGUGGAGUUGGAUGAGCCUCUUGGGAAGAACGACGGGGCUGUUGCUGGAACCAGGUAUUUUCAGUGCCAACCGAAAUAUGGCUUGUUUGCUCCUGUCCACAAAGUAACCAAGAUUGGCUUCCCUUCCACGACGCCGGCCAAAGCCAAGGCUGCUGCUGUGAGGCGAGUGAUGGCAACCACGCCCGCCAGCCUGAAGCGCAGCCCUUCUGCCUCGUCUCUCAGCUCCAUGAGCUCGGUGGCCUCCUCCGUGAGCAGCAAGCCCAGCCGGACCGGAUUGUUGACUGAAACCUCCUCCCGUUACGCCAGGAAGAUCUCCGGCACCACUGCCCUCCAGGAGGCCCUGAAGGAGAAGCAGCAGCACAUUGAGCAGCUGCUGGCUGAACGGGAUCUAGAGAGGGCGGAGGUGGCCAAGGCCACGAGCCACGUGGGGGAAAUAGAGCAGGAGCUAGCUCUGGCCCGGGACGGACACGACCAGCAUGUCCUGGAAUUGGAGGCCAAGAUGGACCAGCUGCGAACAAUGGUGGAGGCUGCUGACAGGGAGAAGGUGGAGCUUCUCAACCAACUUGAGGAGGAGAAAAGGAAGGUUGAGGACCUUCAGUUCCGGGUUGAGGAAGAAUCCAUCACGAAAGGCGAUCUUGAGCAAAAGAGCCAGAUUUCUGAAGAUCCUGAGAAUACGCAGACCAAACUGGAGCAUGCCCGCAUUAAGGAGCUUGAACAGAGCCUGCUCUUUGAAAAGACCAAAGCUGACAAACUCCAGAGGGAGUUAGAAGACACUAGGGUGGCUACAGUGUCAGAAAAGUCCCGUAUCAUGGAGCUAGAAAAAGAGCUAGCACUGAGAGCACAGGAGGUGGCUGAGCUGCGGAGGAGACUGGAGUCCCACAAGCCGGCUGGGGAUGUUGACAUGUCACUCUCCCUUUUGCAAGAGAUAAGCUCUUUACAAGAAAAAUUAGAAGCUGCCCAUGCUGACCACCAGAGAGAAAUCACUUCCCUGAAGGAACAUUUUGGAGCCCGUGAAGAAACACAUCAGAAGGAGAUAAAGGCUCUUCUGGCUGCCACAGAGAAGCUUUCCAAGGAGAAUGAGUCCUUGAAAAGCAAGCUCGAUCACGCCAACAAGGAGAAUUCUGACGUGAUAGCCCUGUGGAAGUCCAAGCUGGAGACGGCCAUUGCGUCCCACCAGCAGGCAAUGGAGGAGCUGAAGGUGUCCUUCAGCAAGGGGGUCGGAACGGAGACCGCAGAGUUUGCAGAGCUAAAAACACAAGUGGAGAAGAUGAGACUAGAUUACCAGCACGAAAUAGAAAACCUGCAGAAUAAACAGGACUCUGAAAGGUCUGCUCAUGCUAAAGAGAUAGAAGCCCUAAGGGGCAAGCUGAUGGCAGUCAUUAAAGAGAAGGAGAGCAGCCUAGAAGCCAUCAAGGCGAAACUGGACAAAGCCGAAGACCAGCAUCUGGUAGAAAUGGAGGACACCUUAAACAAAUUGCAGGAAGCUGAGAUAAAGGUAAAGGAGCUAGAGGUACUACAAGCCAAAUGCAGUGAACAAACCAAGGUUAUUGAUAAUUUUACAUCACAGCUCAAGGCUACCGAAGAAAAGCUCUUGGAUCUUGAUGCACUUCGGAAAGCCAGUUCCGAAGGUAAAUCGGAAAUCAAGAAACUGAGACAGCAGCUUGAGGCAGCUGAGAAACAGAUUACAAAUUUAGAGAUUGAAAAGAAUACUGAAAGUGGCAAGGCUAGUAGCAUUACCAAAGAGCUGCAGGGGAAAGAGCUAACACUAAAUAACCUUCAAAAAAACUUGAGUGAAGUCAGUCAAAUGAAAGAGGCUUUGGAGAAAGAACUUCAGAUUUUGAAAGAAAAGUUUGCUGAUGCUUCAGAGGAGGCAGUCUCUGUUCAGAGAAGCAUGCAAGAAACUGUAAAUAAAUUACACCAAAAAGAGGAACAGUUUAAUGCGCUGUCUACUGAAUUGGAGAAGUUGAGAGAAAAUUUAACAGAUAUGGAGGCAAAGUUUAGAGAGAGAGAUGAAAGAGAAGAGCAGCUGAUAAAGGCAAAGGAAAAGUUGGAAAAUGACAUUGAAGAAAUAAUGAAAAUGUCUGGAGAUAAUUCUUCUCAGCUGACAAAAAUGAAUGAUGAGUUACGUCUGAAAGAAAGAACUGUAGAAGAAUUACAGCUAAAACUCACAAAGGCAAAAGAAAAUGCAAGCUUUCUGCAGAAAAAUAUUGGGGAAGUAAGUCUCAAAGCAGAACAGUGCCAGCAGGAAGCAACUAAAAAGCACGAGGAAGAAAAGCAAGAACUGCUGAGGAAAUUGUCGGACCUGGAGAAGGAGAUGGAAGUGAGUCACAACCAGUGCAAGAACCUGAAAGCUAGGUACGAGGCAGCCAGUUCUGAGACCAAGGCAAAGCACGAAGAAACCCUGCAGAGCCUGCAGAAGAUGCUGCUGGACACAGAGGAGAGGCUGAGGGCCACCCAGGAGGAGAACAGUGGCUUGUUGCAGCAGAUGAUGGAACUGAAAAAGCAAGCUGAUAAAGCCAAAGCCGCUCAAACAGCAGAAGAUGCUAUGCAGAUAAUGGAACAGAUGACCAAAGAGAAGAGUGAAACUCUGGCCUCCUUGGAGGAUACCAAGCAAACAAAUGAAAAACUACAGAAUGAAUUGGAUACACUUAAAGAAAACAACCUGAAAAAUGUGGAAGAGCUGAACAAAUCAAAAGAACUUCUGACAGUAGAGAAUCAAAAAAUGGAAGAAUUCAGGAAAGAAAUAGAAACCCUCAAGCAGGCAGCAGCUCAGAAGUCCCAGCAGCUUUCAGCAUUGCAAGAAGAGAACGUGAAACUUGCCGAGGAGCUGGGGAGAAGCAGGGACGAAGUCACAGGUCAUCAGAAGCUAGAAGAAGAGAGAUCUGUGCUCAAUAAUCAGUUGUUAGAAAUGAAAAAGAGAGAAUCCAAGUUAAUAAAAGAAACCGAUGAAGAAAAAGCUUCCUUGCAGAAAUCCAUCAGCAUUACUAGUGCCUUACUCACUGAAAAGGACGCAGAGCUGGAAAAACUGAGAAAUGAGGUCACGGUGCUCAGGGGGGAGAGCGCCUCUGCCAAGUCCUUGCACUCAGUCGUUCAGUCUCUGGAGUCUGACAAGGCGAAGCUUGAACUCCAGGUAAAGAACCUGGAGCUUCAACUCAAAGAAAACAGGAGGCAGCUGGGCAGCUCCUCAGGUAAUACUGAUACUCAGGCAGAAGAGGACGAAAGAGCCCAGGAGAGUCAGAUUGAUUUCCUGAAUUCAGUAAUAGUGGACCUUCAGCGGAAGAAUCAAGACCUCAAGAUGAAGGUGGAGAUGAUGGCAGAGGCAGCCCUGAAUGGGAACGGGGAGGACCUGAACAAUUACGACAGUGAUGACCAGGAGAAACAGGCCAAAAAGAAACCUCGCCUCUUCUGCGACAUAUGCGACUGCUUUGACCUCCACGACACAGAGGACUGUCCCACCCAGGCGCAGGUGUCGGAGGACCCCCCACAUUCCACACACCACGGCAGUCGGAGCGAGGAGCGCCCGUACUGUGAAAUCUGCGAGGUGUUUGGGCACUGGGCCACCAACUGCAAUGACGACGAGACCUUCUGAUGACGCCCGGCCCGCGCCCGCCUCCUCCCCGCCUGCUCCUGCCGCCCGCCCGGGCCGAGGCCACCCGACACCAGCAGCGCGCGUGCGGACCUCCUCCCGGUGAGGCCCCGCCCCGCGCCCGGCUCCUCCCCCGCCCCGCACGGAGGCGGCUGGACCCCAGCAGUGUGCGUGCGGGCUUCUGGGGAACUCGCGUUGUCUCUGACCCACAUCAACAGAUCUAAGAGAAUAGUUUGAUCUUCAGUACAUCAGCCCUUUAGUCUCCCCUGAGAAGUUGAAUAAAUACUUUGUAGGUGAGAUUUCACCUCUAAUUUUGUCUUCUUGCUUUUUAAAAGAUCUAACAAGACAUUGCACCAGAUGCCAUUACUUUCACUGUCCCUAGGGAAGCCUCAUAGAACGACCCCUACCCUUACAAUACCUUAUUUAAGUAACUUUAAAUUAUGCUGUUACUUUUCAUAUUUGCACUAAAAAUUUUCCAGGCUGCAUUUGUAUAUUUAGAUGUUUUGGUUAAGCUUUGACACUGGAAUGAGUUGGAAAAAUGUGCCAUUUUGCAUUUUCAUCUACUCAUUUAAAGUAUUUUAUUCUAAAAAGAAGUAUCUGAGCUCUUUGCACUACCUGAUGUCAGUAGUGCCUUUUUUCAGGCUUGACAAUACUUGGGUGUAAUUAUAAAAUCAUGAAGCAGGUAACAGGAGGGGGAAGCCCCCAAACUGCUGUGGGGACAUUUUAUAAUCUAUAUGCUGCACCUACUUACUCUACUGUGGUGUUUUGUUUAUUGGUUUUGCAUAAUUUCAGCUUCUAUAUAUUAUAUGUAUAUAUUUUUUAAAAAUCUAUAUUUUGGGAAAAAAUACAAUGUUUUUCUUUUCAGAUUUUUACCUUUAUGAAAAAAAAAUACAUAAGGACAUAAUGGACUAGGCCAGAAGUAAUAUCACGUGGCUUUGCAACUCGUUUUUUCCAUGUCCAUUUUGUUUCUUUACCAGAUAUAGCUAGGAGAAUUUUCUCCAAAUUUUUUUCUUUCUUCAGCAGAUAUCCCCAGCAGUCAACUAAUUAGGUAAUAAGCCACUAUAAAACAUCUAAAUUAACCCAUCUGCAACCUUUACAAGUUUUUUUUACUGUGUUUUUAGAUGAAUGUACGAUGAGAAAUUCAACAUUAAUAAUUUUGGAUUUUCUUAUCACAAAAAAAUGAAGGACCUCAAACAUCAGAAGUUUAUCAACCAAGUUUGAAUCUAUUUAUCUUCAUUUGAAUGUCUCCUAUGAUAUGUAAAAAGUAAUGUAUCUUCCAUGCUACAUGUAUAAUAAGAACUUCUAUAAUUGUAUAUAUGCCUUUGAUGUAUUUUUCCCCUCAGGAUUAUCAUAUGUGUGUCUGCCAAGUGAAAAAUCUGUAAUGAGUUGAAAUUUCUGGUUAUAAACAUUCUAUAAUAGCAAGUGUUUCACAAACAAAAUGUAAAACAGUAUUAAAAUUUGAGCAAACGAGUGUUCUGUAUCUACUUUAAUAAAGGGUUAUUGGUUUUUUUUGCCGGUGGUAGUAAACUGAUAUUCUUCUCA